AUGUCUGACGCACUCGUCCAUCGUCGACUCGGCCCUCGAACCGAAAGCCUCUUUUCGGCCGGUCAGUCCGUCAGGAGGAGUCUUGAAAGCAGGCUCUGGAAAGUAGACGAAGAGAGGCUGGCUUCCAAAGUGUGCGCAGCCAUGGCCUCGUUGGAAAGUCAUUUGCCAGCCUGUCUACAGCCUGAAAUCAUCAAAUACAGGAUCUCGAAGUCGAACUGCAAAUCCUCCAAAAGCCCGGAACGGAGGCAGUCCAGGCUCAUAUUCAAAAUAGGAGAAAUGAGCAGGUCUUUGCCAAGGAUUACUUUGCGCUCCGCCCCAAACUCUGGUGAGGUACCUGCUGAUACGAAGGGCAUAGAAACCAGAUGGAAUGCAGCCUUAAUUGACUUUUCGGUGUAA